AUCAGUCGAAUGGAUUAGUUUUACUGCAACUGUAUACAUUCAUUUUGACAUAUAUUUUUGUUUAUAGUAACAACUCUGACACUGUUUUGGCAAGAAAUGAUAGUUCAAUUACUCUGUCGGCCAGCUUAUUGUCAGCAAACAGUUACUGCAAGCUCUGAUGAUGAACCUAGAGAACUACCAAGCAUCUCGGGAAAAUGACUAGGCAUAGGCAAAUAAUGCAGCAAAGGUGAGUUCAAGUUUUCAAAAUUGAUAAUGAUGAGCACACAAAGUAAUAUCUAUUAUUUCAGAUCCAAAUGCAUAAGCAUGUAUGGAACAUUUCUGGCAAAACUGUAGGUAGCGCAGAAAAAACAAUAGCGUCUCUGAAAAAGAAAAUUAAAAAUCUUCACCAGCAAAAUCGCAGACUGAAGUCUAAAAAAGUAUAUUCCCAGCAAUCAUUAAUGAGUAUUUGAGGGAGACAUGUGGUUUGACGCCAAAUGCAGGACUAGUUUGAAUGCAUCAGUGGAUGAUGGCACAAAGGAAAUCUGAAACGAUUUAUCAAGGGGAAGUCAAAACAAAAAUAUAAUGCUUCUCUCAGAGCUUUUGCAUUAACUUUGCAUUUUUAUAGCUCAAAAGCUUACGAUUUGUGAGAGAGCAAUUCAAUAAAAGUCUACCACACCCCCAUACUCUAAUAAAAUGGUACCAACGGAUAAAUGGUGCACCUGGCUUCAGCAUGGAGGCAAAAAACAACUUACUGUGUAAGUACAAACGGAAACAGAAGCAUGGCCGUAAAGUUUUGUGCAAUCUGGUCAUGGAUUCAAUGGCAAUUAGGCGGCGAAUAGAAUGGAAUGGCCAAAAGUGGACAGGAUACAUUGACUUGGGUUUUGAUAUGGAUGGAGAUAAACUUCCUGAGGUUAAAGAAGCAUUGGUUAU